AUGUUGACACUCUCUAAUAUGUCUUCUCCGUUGGCGAUUUCGGCCAGCCAAUUUAUGAGCACUACCGGUGCCAUCUUGGUCCUUUACUAUGUCGUCUCCGCCAUCUACAACAUCUACUUCCACCCGUUGUCCAAGUACCCAGGACCAAAGAUGACAGCAAUUUCACGCUUGCCCCUCAUCUACUCUACAAUAACGGGGAACACAUGGCGAUUCACUGGCAAACUACAUGCGCAAUACGGGACGAUUAUUCGCAUCGCUCCAGACGAGAUCGCCACUACAUCUUCUGGCGCGUGGAAGGACAUAUACACGUCGAAGCCACUUUUGCCAAAGGAUCCAUUUAGCCAGACACCACCCAUGAACGGAGCUGAAUCCCUCUUCACCGCUGCAGGGGAAACGCACCAACGGAUUCGAAAAACCUUUAUUAACGCCUUUUCUGACAGAGCAUUGAAGGACCAAACCCCAAUCAUCGACUCUUAUGCCAAUCUCUUGAUGACAAGACUUCACAGGGAGAUUGGCAAAAGCCCCGAAAGGCAAAGUUGA